CGUCGACUCCAUUGAUCCGCCCAUGCAAACCACCCCGCCUUUUCCCCGAACGAGCGGGCUAGAGGACGGCAUGUGCGGACGAGCACACGUCACGAGCGUGCGGAAAGGCAUGGCGCGCUGGUGGUGACCGUGUGCGUCGGUUUGGGAUCCUGUGUGCCCAGUUGGCUCCGAUCCCUCGCCAAAGGCCAUAUAUACACAGUCACACUCCCACCCGCUCGUGGCCUCACUCAUCACACUCCUUCCACUGUCCCCAGGUCCUACAAUCACAGAGCAGGCGAACGAACCAGAGGGUGAGCCCAGCUGCAACCGUGGGGGCGAGGAGAGAUCAGACCGGCGAGUCCUGUAGCAGGGAGCUAAGGGGCAUGGCGGACUGGGCGCCGGUGUUCAUCGGCCUGGUGCUCUUCAUCCUCCUCUCGCCGGGGCUGCUCUUCCAGAUCCCCGGCAAGGGCAGGAUGGUGGAGUUCGGCAACUUCCAGACCAGCGGCAUCUCCAUACUCGUCCACGCCGUCAUCUACUUCGCCCUCAUCGCCAUCCUCAUCCUCGCCGUCAACGUCCACGUCUUCCUCGGCUGACCAGGAGACGCCGCUACCUGCUACCUCCUCAUCGCUCAACAGUUAGGUAUCGUGGUCGUGGAGGAUCGAGAGGAAUACCCAGUCACUGUCGCGUUCAUCUUCAGGCUUCCUGAUGGUUUAGCUUCUAGGAGCGCAGGGAGAGGCGCAGUAUGAUGUCCAUUGGGCAAUUUAGUUGAUGAUUUGAUAUUUUAUCAGGAAUGUAUAGCUCCAACUUCUAUGUGCGCUGUUUCGUCUGAUGGUAACUGAGAAUCAAUUGCAAACUGAACUAUGUUGAGGAAUCUCAUCUUUAGAGAGAAAGCAUAUAUGAGCAUUCCACA